AUGAGUAAAAAACCAAAUGAUAAAGUUAUUGAAAAUUUUUGUGUUUAUGACCAUUCGAAUAAAUCGUUUUCUUAUCUUAAAGUAAAAAAAAGAGAAAUAAAAAAAGAAAAAUAUGAAAACGAAUAUGAGAAAUUAGUUAAUAGGAAAUGUAUGUAUAAUUAUGAAUGGAUAAAAAAUUUAUCAUAUAAGGAAUGUAUAGAUUAUAUUAUACAAAAUAGUUUCAAGAAUUUAAAAAAAUAUAUAUAUGGGAAAAAAUAUGUAAAAAAAUAUGAUAAAAUAUAUAUAGAUAAAUAUAAAAAGAAUAUAUCUUCAUUAUGUUCUACUAAACAAAAUGAAGAAUGUUAUUUUAUUAAUAAUAAGAAAUUUUCAAAAGAAGCAAAGAAUAUAAAGAAUGCUAUUCAUUGUAUAAAUAAAAAUAAAGGUAAGUACAAGCCACAAUUAUUUGUAGACAAAAUAUUUAAAAUAAAGAACCGUUACAAGGAUAUAAUAUAUAAACAUGAGGAUAUGAUAAGAGAAGAAAAAUUCAAUGAUCAUGAUGGGUAUGAAAAAAAAAAAGUUAUCACUUAUGAUGAUGAUAAUAAUAAUAUGAUGAAUAUGAUAAAAAUGAAGGAUAUCUUUGAAGAGGCUUAUAGUCAUCCCUUUGAUAUUUUGUUUAGAAAAAAAUAUUACGAAAAAAUUUGUAAACUAUGGUUAAAAAAUUUUGUAAAAAAAAAUGGAAAGGUACAUAAAAAGCUAGCCAAAAAAUUAAUCAAAUGUCUAAUAAUAAAAAAUUUUAUAAUAUUUGAUGUAGAAUUAUGGAAUAUUUUUUUGAAAAAAAAUAUAAUGAAUCAUUUUAAUACGAAUUUAUAUUUCCUUACUGGAAAAAUAGGUAAUAUGAAAACAGUUUUUUUAAAUGAUUUAUUUUUGACUUUUCCCUUUUUAUAUAAAAAUGAUCAUAUGUUUAUGAUAGAUAUAAGUGAUUAUGAGGACUAUACAAUUGUUUGUGAUUAUAGAUAUUUAAUGGAUCCCAUGUAUUUAAAUAAAAAAAAAAAUUAUAAUAUAAAAAAAAAAAAAAAAAAAAAUUUAUCUUCAUUUAAAAUGUGUAAUACUCAUGAUGAUAUAAAAAACAAUGUGAAAUAUUCUAAAUUAAUAAACCUACAAAUAUAUAAUAACAUAUUUGAAAAUAACAAACAUUUGUAUGAAGAAAAAAAUUAUAAUAAUGUAGAUAUUUCAAUUUUGAAACAUGAUAAUAUUAUGUCUAUUGAUGAUAGUUUACAAAGUGAUAGUAGUUAUGAACUUAUAAAUUUUAAAACAAAUCAAUUUAAAAAACAAAUUAUUUCAGAUGAUCAAAAAUAUAAUGAUAAUUAUAAAAAAAAAUUAUAUGUACAAAAAGUUUUGUAUCCAUAUUAUUAUGAAUUAAUAUUAAAAGAAAAACUUAUUACAGAUAUAAAUAUGAUAACAUCUUAUGACACUUUAAAUUUUAAUCUUGAAUAUAUUUUGAUACAUUUUACUCGUCAAGCAAUGAUUAAACAAUAUGUAUGGAAAAAAAAAAUGUAUAAAUGGUUAACUGGAAUAUUUAAUAAGUCACAAUGGAAACAAAACAUGAAAAAGGUAAAAAUAAAAGAAAAAGAAAAAAUAAAAGAAAAAGAAAAAAUAAAAGAAAAAGAAAAAAUAAAAAAAAAAGUAUUUAUAAAAAACAAAGUAUAUGUAAAAAACAAAGUAUAUGUAAAUCACAAAAGUAAGAAUGAUGAUGAUGAAAAUUUUUAUAUGAAUAAAAAAAUGAAUAUAAACUUAGGACUUGAUUUAUUCAAUGGAGGAAUAUCCUUUCUAUUAAUAAAGAAUAUAGAAUAUAUAAAUAAUUUCCCUACACAUAAAAAGAAUUGUAUAAUAUUUUUACUUUUAAAAUAUAUAUUUAUGUGGAAAAAUAUGAAUUUAAAUGCUCAUAUGUUUAUAAUAUCUUCUUCAUCAUCAAUAUUUUCGAACAGUAACAAUCAUAACAAUAAUAAUAAUAAUAUUAAUAUAAGUAAUAUAAAAAUGUAUAAUAAUUCAAGUGAUAAUAUCAGUUCUUUAUUUAAUAGAUAUAUGAAUAAUUAUUUUGUUUUUGUGUUUCCAAAUUUUCUUCAUACUACUAAUAGGUACGAACUAUUAAUCCAUUUAUUUAAAAAAUAUAAAUUAUACUAUUGUAAAAAUGAAAUUAAAGAGCUAGCUAAAAUAACAAAUAAUUUUAAUAUAGAUAAUAUAAUAAAAUUAUUCGAAGAUGAAUAUAGAGAAAGAAUUAUAGAUCAUUUAAAAAAAAAAAAAACAGAUACAUCACACGAAAUUAUCACAAAGAAUAGUUGUUAUAUAAAAGAUAUAUUUGAAAAAGCACGUAAAGGAAAAAAUCAAUUUUUUUCUAAAAGUUUAAAUCUUCAACAGGAUUCUCAUAUAUAUAUACAUAUGCAUGAGAUUGAAAUGUAUAAAAAGAAAAAAUAUGAAAUGUUUUCAAAAAAUGGUAUAUUUGAAAAUUAUGGAUUUAACGAGAUUAUUGGAGAGGAAAAACUGAUAAGUGAGUUGAAGAGUCAGAUCGUGAGUAAAUUUAAUAUGCAAGAAAGUCAAAAUAUAGGAAUAAAAAAAAUACAUAUGUGUGAUAUUGAAGGUGAUAAUAUAAAGGCGAAUGGAAUUGAUAAUAUACAUGACAAUAAAAAAAUGUAUGACAAUAACAAAAUGUAUGACAAUAAAAAAAUGUAUGACAAUAAAAAAAUGUAUGACAAAAAAAAAAUGUAUGACAAUAAAAAAAUGUAUGACAAAAAAAAAAUGUAUGACAAUAACAAUAUGUACUCACCCAGUUCAAUGGGGGAUGAUAUCUGUAAUUUUAAUCAACUCGAUACUGUUGGGAUAUUACUACAUGGUAAGAGUGGGUCAGGUAAAAGUUUUAUUGCUAAAAAAAUUGUUGAAGAAUGUAAUUGUAAUUCUGUUAUUAUUAAUUGUUCAAAUAUAUUUAAUAAAAUUAUGGGAGAAUCAGAAAAAUUUCUAAACGAGAUUUUUGAAUACUGUAUAAAAAAAUUACAACCAUGUAUCAUUUUAUUUGAUAAUAUAGAAACUAUAUGUUAUAAAGAAGAUUAUACAGUUAUUGAAAAUUUUAAUACAAGAUUAAAAUUAUGUUUUUAUGAAAAUUUAGAUAAAAUUCAUUAUGAAAAGAAAUGGAAAAGAAAUCCUUGCUUACUUUUAAUUAUAGCAACUACAAAUGAUAUAAAUAAUAUUGAUCAUAAUUUAUUAACAAAUUAUCGUUUCAAAUAUAUUUAUCAAACUACACAUUUCCAAUAUUGGAAAGAACAAGAUAUUUAUAAAUUAUUUUAUAAAUGUUUAAAAAGUAAUAAUAUAGAAUCUACCGAUUUUGUAUAUUCACACAAAUUUAAACAAUUUGUUGAUGAACAUAUUAUAAAAGUUCAAUAUAAAUUAUCUCCUUUAUAUAUAUAUAACCUUUGUACUUAUGCUUUGACGUAUCGUUUAAGAAAUGCUCUCAAAGGGAAUGAAAAUGAAUUGGAUGUUGAGGAUUUCUAUGAGUCUAUAAAAAGAAUGAUAUAUUAA